AUGGAUCAUCAUCCAGAUGAGUUUAAGCACUUGAAUACAAUAUCUCAAGCACAUCCCGAGACAAUGGACUUUCUGUCUAGUGCUUGGUGCAACUUUGCUGUUCAUCAAGCUUUUCACCCUGAAUCUGAUCAUCAUCAUCAUCAUCAGCUCCAACUACAAAAAGACCAAUCUCUCAUUCAUCUGCAUCAUAACUCCUCCUUGAAGACCCUCGACCCUGUUUCUUCUUCCCCUUUCAUGAAAAUAGACAAUGACUUGAAGAUGGACGAUACUGACAAUUUUGUGCCUCCAUGGAAAUCCAAUGAUCUAAAGUCAUGGAUAUGGAUGCAACAAGCAAUGCAUCCGGAGUUGAACUAUAACAGCUAUUUGAAGAAGAAAUGGGCGCCAUGGAAAAUUGGACAGCCGCUUAAGAAAGUGCCAAUCAAGAAAUGGAUAACAGAGAUGAAGCAGAAGAGUAAAGAGGAUAAGAGAUUGCAGAGAGCUGAAGUUCAUGCUGCAGUAUCAGUUGCAGGUCUUGCUGCUGCUUUAGCCGCCAUAGCUGCUGAAAAUUCAUCAUCGAAAAAACACGACGACGAUGACGAUGAAUCAACUAAGGCAACAAGGGACUCUGCUGUGGCCUCUGCAGCAGCACUGGUGGCUGCUCAAUGCGCGAAAGUUGCCGAAGCCAUGGGAGCAAAGAAAGAGCAACUCAGAAGUGUUAUGGGAAAUGCCAUGUCAGGGACCAGUGCUAGUGAUAUCAUAACACUCACAGCUGCAGCUACAACAUCAUUAAGGGGAGCUGCAACUCUGAAAGUAAGAGCAGGGUACAAGAACAAACUGAUCAAUGGAGGAGCACCUGUGCUGCCUAUUGAAUUAGAUAACACUGAUUCGAAUUUCGACUUCGAAAAUUAUAGGGCAGUUAUGGCAAAGGGUGCUCAACUAUACUUGGAGAUGCAAGAUGGAAAACGCAUCUUCAGGUCCGUGUCGGUCAUCCUCAACAGAGAAGCCAAGGUCAUUGUCAGAAUAAGGAAGCUUAAUUUACUCAAUGCUUUUUCAAGACCACAGGAAAGUAUCGUGCAAGAUCUGUAUGGUGAACUGUACAAGGAAUCAGAAUCUGGAGGAAGCCAAGCUACUACCUGCUAUCUUCUUGUGCUGAAGACAAAUAAAGGGAUGCUCAAGCUGGACAUGAUUGAUGAUCACCAACGUUACAGGACAUGGUCCAUGACAAUAAAUCAUAUGCUCACUCUCUCCUCUGUUACCAAAUAUGAACUUCAAUUCUACAAAGUCUAA